AUGACGGAUACGCGUUCGUCGUCGGCGUUGUUCAAGCGGGCUGAGCAGCUCAAGCGAUGGGAGGAAUCCGACACCAACAAACAGUCACCGACACCAAAACGCGCCUCAAGAAUUCAGUUCUCAUCAGGGAUAGUCUUCCUGGCGGCAUGUACUGCUGGGGACAAAGACGAGGUGCUGCGCCUGUUGAAGAUGGGCGCAGACAUCAACACAGCAAACGUGGACGGCCUUACCGCUCUCCAUCAGGCGUGCAUAGAUGACAACUUGGACAUGGUAGAGUUCCUGGUGACGCACGGCGCUGACGUGAACCGCGGCGACAACGAAGGCUGGACCCCGCUCCACGCGACUGCCUCAUGUGGAUUCCUCAGUAUAGCCAGGUAUCUGUUGGAAAACGGUGCCGAUGUGGGAGCAGUCAAUUACGAUGGGGAACUCCCCGUCGACAUCGCUGAGAGCGACGCCAUGGAAGAGAUGCUACAGAAAGCCAUUAACGAUAAAGGUGUUGACUGUGAGAAAUCACGUAACGCCGAAGUGGACACGUUGAUGAGCGACGCGAAGAAUUGGGCGGCGAACGGAUAUGUAGAGGUCCGCGAUCCGAAAACGGGCGGUACGCCUUUACACGUCGCCGCCGCUAAGGGAUACAUCGACGUCGCUAAAACUCUCCUCGAAGAUUGCAACGCUGAGCCGGACUGCAUGGACUACGAGGGGUGGACGCCGCUGCACGCGGCCGCCCUCUGGGGGCAAAAGGAAGCGGCAGCUUUACUACUCAAGUACGGCGCCGAUCCACACUUGAAGAACUACUCGGGGCAAACUUGUGUAGAUCUUGUGGAUCCCAGCAUAUCGUCAUGGCUCACCGAAGCUGUAUCGAAACUGCCUCGUCGCGUCAACAACAAUAAUAAUAACAAGAGAAAACGAAGCCCACCAAAAUACGACUGCAAACGAGUCGUGGAAUUACACAUAACGGGACAAAACGACAAUCAAGUCAACGACAAAUCGCCCGUCGAGAUAAUACCGAUACCGAAGCCGGACGGUAAACCGCCCAAAGCGAGAGCGCCCUCACCAGAAGCUCAGCCUGAAGCCGAAGAGACCGCAUCGUGGAGACGAUCGGCUUCGUUCAGAAGGCAGCAGGAGGCAAACAGAGAUAACGCCAAACCAGUGAACAACGCCUUAGACAACGACACAAUAUUGAGAAGAACGCAUAGUUUCGAAAACGACAAGACCUUCUACCAGCGGUACCGGGACGUGACGGCGCGUAUAAAGGCCUCCUCGUGUCCAUCGAUCCCGCCGCUGCCGACCGACAGGAAGGAAACUAACACUAACGACGACGCCCAGAACAGAAUAAACGCAACGGAUAGAAGAGAGAGAGACGCCAACACAUGGACCGCUCCUGCUACGACAACCGCAAACAAUAACACAACCACUACGAAUAUCACAUCACAGACGACAACGACAAUAAGGAGGUCGUUUGUACCGCCGGUACGUGAUGAAGAGAGCGAGACGCAAAGGAAAGCGCACGCCAAACGCGUCCGCGAAACGCGGCGUUCCACGCAAGGUGUGACAUUGGAUGAAAUAAAAUCGGCUGAACAACUGGUGAAGAAGAAAGCGGGCAAUGGAACAUCGGAAAGUCCAUCGCCGACUAGUAUGAAGAAAACCGAAGAUACACCGGUACCCGCCAAUAACGACAACGGCUCGGCGCGCGGUGGCGGUGACGCUGCGGUAUCGCUCGCACUGGCGUCGGCGACCGCGACCGCGACCGCAACGAUAGCGGCGAACAGCGAGCGGCGCCCGUCGUGGCGGCUGCGGCUAGAUCCAGCUAACAAGUUCGAGUUAGAGGAUGCGGGACGGUCGUCGCCGCGGCCGCCCGCCGCCGCGACGGAGACCACAGUGACAUUGCCGCUCAGGCGUCCGCCUGCUGGCUCCACUGCCAACACUGCUGCGCCCACGGCCAAAGAGGAUAGAGAGAAAGCGGACGACGAGAAGGAACGUGAAAGCAGUACGGAGAGCAAGAGUUCUAGUAAUGCGUCCCCGGCGAGUACGCAGGCCGCCCUUAACGUCAUACAGCGCAGGCGCAGGCCCAAGAGACGGUCCACGGGCGUCGGUCACGUCGACAUGGAGGACAUCGUGAAUGAUCGCGGCGGAGGCGGUGAAAGCGGUGAUGGAGAUGCGGAUACAGAAACGAUGCAGGUAAGGAUAUUUCAGCCGAUUUGAUGCUGUAUGGAUCAUCAUCACCAGCCCUUUUACGUUCCUACUGCAGGGGCUCAGGCCUUUCUUAUGGAUGGUUAAGGAGGAUGAGCCAUGACCCUCCACGCUGGCCCAAUGCGGAUUGGAGGGUAUUAACGACUGAAAAUGCAGCCGGGACAAAUACCUUAACGACAACGAUCGCGGGCCGCGGCGCUUUACCACUACGCCACCGAGCUACUUCUGCCUGUAUGGAUAGACGCCUAUUAAUGUUUAAAAGUUGACCUUAAUCCGGCAUUUGGUACUGGCGUUCGUCUAUGUUUUAAGAACGUGAAAAAACGUCGUUGGCUAAAUUCUGCAACGGUACACCGUGGUUACUCUAAUAUGGUUUCUAAAGUAAGGGUAAAAAAAAUGCAUUUCAUCGUCUACUUCAAGUUGAAUGACUGAUACCGAUUAACAAAAUUCGGAAUUUGAAUUGUGACGGGCUCUCAUACAAACGUUUAGCUUCUAUUUUAACCCCCUCGAUGUUGCGUUGUGUACGUUAACCCCUUCGAUGUUUCGUUGUGUACAUAAAGGGGCACCGAGGUAAAAGGCUUACGUCAGGCAAAAAAAAAAUGUUUUGAAUAUGCAACGAUAUUUUCUAGAGUCUAGGACCGUUCCAUCAUCAAUC